AUGUCUCUCUUCGGAAGAAAGUUGUCAAAGCAGGACUCUACCACUGCCAAGGAAAAUAGAAAAUCAAGUGCCAUGGAUGACCCCGAAUGGAAGUCCAUUCUUGAGAUCAAUUCCGAAGUACUCAAAGUUUGGCGUCUUCCGGAUAAAGGACCCGCAAUCCCACUGCCAGAGGAGCAAGUGGGUUUUUUCAUGAAUGACGAAAAGUAUGCCAUCUUGAAGACCUCCAACCACAACAGAAAGCUCGUCUAUGAUCUGCACUUCUGGAUAGGUCUCACUGCCGCUCAAAAAAUGUCUUCAGAACCACCAGAAAAGGUGGCUCAGGUGAUGGCUCUGUUGAACGACAAUCUGGUUAUUCAUCGAGAAGUCGGCGAGUUCGAGUCACCGCGGUUCAAGUCUUACUUUAAGGAAUUCGGUGUUCUCUCGGGCAACGUGGAAUCCCUCUUUGACCCUGAAAACCCUCAAAAAUAUCAAAAACGCUUGCUUCGUUUUGCGCUUACCCGCAAUAAGACGCGCAUAGAGGUGACUGAAGUGCCCAUUUCACGUCACUCUCUCAACUCCAAUGACGUCUUCAUCUUUGACGAGGGCACCAGAAUGACCCAGUGGAAUGGUGCCCGCUGCGACAACGAAGAGCGACUCGCUGCAAGAAAGUACAUCGAGAAGUCGCUGAAGCUGCGCAAGACUAAGUGCACAUCGGAAUUCGUUGAUGAGGAGGAUCUCCUGGACAAUAAUGAACUUUAUGCCAAACUGGGUAAUGCAGCAGUGCCUCCACGCCCUAUGCGAUUGCUUAAGAGCAAAUUCAAGAAGUCGAUGUACAGACUCUCAGACGACUCGAAAAAACUCACUUUGAGUCUCGUGUACACCAACAAGGUUUACCGUAGCGGCAUCAACCCUAACGAUGUGAGCUUUGUGGAUACUCUCCAUGAACUCUUCAUCUACAUCGGUCCCGGCGCCAACGAAAAUGAAAGGAACAGUGUGUGGACUCAGGCUGAUAAAUUCCUAAAGGAUUCUAACAUGCCGUACAAGUCAAUCGCCGUCUUCAGUGCCGGGUGUUACUGCGAUGGCUUUGAGGAGAUCUGGGAUGAUGCUCAACAUUAG